GGCACAACUACGACAGUUCAACCCCAUCGCAUCAUUAUAUAUAUUCUGCAACACACGAGUUCAAGCUAUCAAAAUUCAGGAGUACUCAGCAGUAUAUUUCUCACAUUUUCUAACGUUAGAUAGAUAUAUAUCAUUAUUAGCCGAAUAUUUAACAAAAUUACAGUACAAUUGCAGAGGGUUGAAGACGACUAGGUUGAAAAUGUUGUUCAACAGGAUUCAGGAGCUUAACACCUCAAAGAUUAAAUGGCGUUCAGAGGCUACAUCUAUCCAGUCCGAGAAUAUGGAAAGCGUUACUGAUGAAGCCAAUGAAAGUAGGUUGAGAAUAUCAGAAUAACGUAUCUGGAUUCAAACACAAAAUGAGAUGAACAGGUUGCUAGGGCUGAUGAAACACAGAAUGAGAUCUCAAUGAAAAACCAGGGCAAUUCAUGUGAAGGCUGAAAGGAUUUGAAGCAUAGCUGGAUUGCUAAAAGCAGAAUGGUUAAUGUUGGGGGCUGUGUUAUGAUGUUUUGGCAUCAUUUAUAUUUUGUUUGGUGUUUUUAAUAUCCAAUAGAUUACUUUUAAAGUGGACUGUAAACUUUAGGUCCAAAUCCUGUUUCAAGUAGUGAUGUUGAAGUUCA